AUGGCCGACGACGGACCCCCUCCCCCUCCCAACUUCAUAGAUACCUUUCCGUAUCGAAGGACACCUACGACAGCCAAUGUUCGGCACUAUGUGCAGAGCACCGUCGUCCCAGCCCACGAUGCGCAGCCGGCCGACGCAUCCCGAGCUUCGGCUCUCCUGCUCACCAAUCUCCAAGCAGAGCAUCGGCUUCUGGGAUCGGAAUUGAGGGACGCAGGCGUCAUGAGGCCCGCCGAUGCGCUUGCCGCUCGCAAUCUUCGGGGCCUUAUCGAGCUAUGGCCGAAUGGCAUCUGGGUCCCGUACAAUCUGAUACCGCCCGGCAACCUUCCCGGCUCCCUUCUGAAGGAAAUGCUGGCGUUUUCGCGGACCGUGGCAGCAAGAUACGGCGCCCCUUGGCUCCCGCAUCUGUGGGAUACCGCUCCGCGUGCGCACCCAGCCGGAGUGCUUCGGCAGCAAAUGGCUGGGAAUGCCUUCAUCACCCGCCAGGUCAUCAGAGCCGCCAGAGCCAGCUUUUUUGAUGCACCUCCGCCGCCGCCUUUGCCGCCAGCUCCCCCAUUCGCCGCCCCUUUGCCUUUCGCCCAAGAAUUGGCCGGCCGACUCAACCAACGUCGCCAAGUUCUGGAUGCGGCUGCUGCCGGACCGCCCCGCCCUCCUCCAUUGCCGCCAGCUCCCGCUCCCGCUGCCCCUGUGCCGUUUGCCCGAGAACUGGCCGGCCGACUGAACCAGCGCCGUCAAGCCCUGGAUAGAGGUCCGCCUCGCCCUCCUCCACUGCCGCCAGCCCCUAUUCCCGCAGGCCCGCUCCCGUUCGCCGCCCAGCUCGCCGCCCGCCUGGAGGAGAUCCGCCGCCGCCGCCAACAAGAUGACGAGUUCAGAGGCAUCCUACAAGCCGCCCUGGACGAUGAGAUCGAGCGCUUGGGACGCCUGGGACUGGACGACGACUUCGCAGAGGACGAGGAUAUCCUCGCCAAUAUCAAUAACCGUCUGGCCGGAGAGCGUGUGGAGGGGGAUAUUCCCCCUUUCGAUUUCGAUGAAGAUGAAGUCCUCCAAGGCAUUUUUCGAGAGCAGGCUGAGGCUUGGCGGCCGGAGCAGCGCCAGCGCGAGAGAUCGAUGAUCCCAGAGGCGGACUCUUCGGAUGUAGACGAGCCUGAGCAGGAACUCCGCGGCGGCAAUCCUCUCUCCGACAUGGACGAGCCCGGCGUUCUCGACUGGGGCAAUGACCCACCCCCGGCACAGUCGCCCUCGCCCGACUACGACCCUCCCCCAGUCCCUCCCGCCGCCGACGACGACGACUUCCGCUUCAGUUCCCCGUCCCCUCCCCGCAGCGACCCCCCAAACAACGACGACCGGGACCAUCCCGACGAGCUUGGCCUUUCCGGCUCCGACCUCGAAGACGUGGCUGUCCCCCUGCCCCGACGCCGAGCCCGCCCCCAGCCGUACGUGUCCGUAGAGGCCGCAGUCGACCAAGUCUCCCGCGGUGCCGCCUCUUCCACUUCCAGACGCCUGGGCCGCGCCGCCAACUUCUUCACUCCCGCCCAGAGGGCCGCCGUCACCCGGGAAGCUGAAAGGGCCACCAGGGCCAUGUUGGAGCGCUUUGCCGCUGAAAAUGCCGCUGCCGCCGCCGCCGUCAUCGACAUCAGCGAUGAUUCUUCGAUGGAGAGCGAGCGCCAGAUCGAGAGCGAGAGUGAGGAUGAAUUGGCCGGAUAG